AAACAAAGAAGAAACAGUCCGUUUAGCUUCAUUUGAUCAUCUCUGGGAGUUUCAUCAGCAUUCUGAUUAGAACCCUUUUUUAGUUCUUUACCUCAAGAAUUGUUCAAUGGAAAUACUCUUUAAUGUUGUAGGUGGCUUUGUUGUUGAGGUGGGAAAGUGCAUGUGUAGAUGCAUCUAUCCUAAGAUUGAAAAUACUGUCCAUUUCUCAUCAAAUGUUGAAACUUUAAGGAAGGAAAUGGAGAAGCUAACAAAGUAUAGAGAUGAUAUCAAAGGAAAGGUGGAAGGAGCUGAGGGGGAAGGUUAUAAACCAAAACCAGAUGUUCUUAAGUGGCUCGAGGAUGUUGAGAAGCUGGAGAAUGAAUGGGAAUCGAUGCAAGAAAGCAUUGCAGUGGCGAAGAGGCUUGCAUAUAAAUGUUGUCCAAAUUGCAGCCUUCGCUCGGAAGUCUCCACUCAAGUACAGAACAUCCAAGAUCAAAUCUGCACCCUUAUAAACAAGGGAGAAAGCUUUGGAUCCAAUUUGGUGGUAGAAAAUUACCAGAUGAGAAGAGUUGAGUUCAUCCCGGGACCAUCACUAGAAGGCCAGUCAGCAGCAACAAAAAAUCUCGAAGAAAUCCGACAACUAUUAGAAGAUGAUAAGGUAUGCAUCAUCGGUGUGUGGGGUACGGGAGGAGUUGGGAAAACAACUUUGAUGACGAAUCUGAACAAUGAGCUCAUAAAGACUGAUGUUUCAAGCUCCAAACUGUCUUUUGGUGUUGUGAUAUGGGUUACGGUGCCCAAACCGCCAAUAGACAUAACAAAAGUUCAAGCACAAAUUGCCAAGAGAUUGAACCUGGAGGUAGAUGACAAGGGAAGUGUAAAAAGCACUGCCAGCAAAAUCUGUCAAAGGCUUAAGCAAGAAAAGAGUUUCCUUCUCAUACUAGAUGAUGUUUGGGAACCUAUAAAUUUGGAUGAUAUAGGUGUGCCCCAACCUGAAGAUCACGCAAGAAGCAAGGUAAUUUUAACUUCCCGUUUUUUGGAUGUUUGUAGGCAAAUGAAAUCAGACACCGAACUAAAGGUUUACACAUUGGAUGAGGAUGAAUCUUGGCAACUUUUUGUCAAACAUGCCGGUGAUAAUGCCAAUCUGGAGCAUAUUCAUCCAUUCGCAAAGCAAAUUGCAAGAGAGUGUGAUGGUUUACCUUUAGCAAUCACUGUUAUUGGAGCAUCUAUGAGAGGGAAGAAGAGGGUCGAGCUCUGGGAAGAUGUUUUGCAUUCACUUAGAAUGUCCGAACCUCAUAACAAAGUUGUAAAAGAUAAGGUUUACAAGGUCAUCAAGUUGAGUUUUGAUUCUUUAGUAUCUCAGGAUGUUGAAUUAUCCUCGGAGCAAAGAAGCAAACAUGUGAACAAAAAGGGAGGUGACAUUCAAAGUUGUUUCUUGUAUUGCUCCUUAUAUCCGGCGGCUAUUCCAACAGAUGAUCUCAUAAAUUGUUGGUGGGCAGAGGGGAUCCUCGGUGAACAUGACACGUAUGAAGAAGCCUACAACAGGGGAAUCACAAUGAUUGAGAGUUUGAAAGAUGCCUGCUUGCUAGAAGCCCAUAUGAUGCAUUCUGUGAAGAUGCAUGACGUGGUUCGUGAUGUUGCUAGAUGGAUAGCUAAUUCCUCUAGGAAUGAACACAAUUCUCUUAUUCAAGCUGGAAUUGGGUUGACUGAUAUAUCACUUAAAACUUCUGCUUCUGUGAAGAGAAUAUCUUUCAUAAGCAACAAAAUUGAACGACUACCUGAUUGCUUCACAGCAUGCCCAAAGACAACAACUUUACUUUUGCAAGAUAAUAAUCCUCUUGAGAAAAUUCCCCAUGAAUUCUUUUUGGCAUUUCCAGCCCUAAGAGUUCUGAAUCUGAGUAAAACUAGUAUUAGAGCACUGCCUUCUUCCAUCAAUAGUUUAUAUCAACUACAUGCUCUGAUACUACAAAAUUGCCGGCACUUGGCAGAAUUGCCACCUAUUGGUGAUCUACACAAUUUGCAAGUGCUCGAUUGUCAUACAAGGUUACAUUGUUUUCCGCAAGGAAUGGACAAGUUGACAAAUCUGAGGCUAUUAAAUCUGCCUGCAGUUGGUUUGGAGGAGGGCAUCAGCCAAGGAUUUUUCCUCAAUUUGUCUAGCAUUGAAAUGUUAAAUAUGUUGGGGGAUACAGAGGACUCUUGCUUAUACAGAGUAGAACGGAAACUUCCUCAUUUUCUUCUUGGACCAACUUCUUUUAAUGAGCUGUCAUCUCUACAUAAUCUGACUUCUCUAAUUAUCGGUUUGGAUAGCUCAUCAAUUUUCAAAGAGGGAGACUACACAUGGAUGACCAGAUUGAAAAGAUUUCAUAUUGAAGUUGGGGAAAUUCCAAUUCCAAUAGCAUUCAACAAGUCAAGAAGGAUGAUAGUCGUCAACAAGUGUGAAAUUUUCGGUAAAGGAGAGCUCUCAGGCAUGUUGCAGUUUGCUUCAGAUUUGUACUUGUGUAAUUGCAUGGGUCUCAGGAAGUUGUUUGCUUACAACAGUUUCAAUGGAUUAAAAAAGCUAUACAUUGUUGAAUGUAAUUGUGAUUUCAGACCAGCAAAAGAAGGAAAUGACAUAUUUGACCCUUUGCCAAAUCUAGAACUUCUCCACCUCUAUUCCGUACAUCUUUUAAAGAGUGUUUCUGAUUUUGGUCAACUUCUGGGUCUAAGAUUUUCUAAGUUACGCAAACUGGAUAUAGCCUUUUGUGCUAGUUUAACAUGUCUUUUUAAUGUUGGUGGAGCUUUUUCCGUUCCCAAGCACUUGGAAGAAAUCAAAAUUAAUGAUUGUAAGCAGCUGGUAGAGUUGUUUGUGCAGUGCGGCUCAAGUCAGGCAAUACUUGUCAACUCAGAAAUUCCAAGAGUUCGGAAAUUAUCGUUGCAAUACUUAUCAAAAUUAGGAACCUUGGGGGAGCCACAGAGUAUGUGGGAACACCUGGAGGAACUUACCUUGAUAUGGUGCAAUCAAAUAAGGAAGUUGCCUCUCUCUGUUCAAACCUCCAACAACAUGAAGUCAAUAAAAGGAGAUUCAGAAUGGUGGAGCCAACUGGAGUGGGAUGACGACAACUUCAAGUCAAAUUUAGAACAUUGCUUCCAACAGCGUGAGUGGACUAAAAAAGCAGAGGAAGGAACUUACUGCACCAGAGACACAGAGUUUCGAGCUAAACUUAAUCGGUGGAGUUUGCUUUGAUGAAUUUCCUAUCACGUAUCUUGAGAUUUUUAAGCCAAUAAUUGUUCCUUCUUUGUACUAUUUUUGCUUUCUGGUUCUGAUAUGUUGAUUGCUUGAUUGUACACUAAGUAAUUUCUUGUUGUGUUGUGUGAUCAUCUUGUUAAUUUGUAAUAAACUGGUAAUGCUUCUGGCUUUUAAACAUUUUAGAGCAUUCUUAAAUUGUACGUUCAAAAGUUAGUACAUGCUCUUGAUUUUCUAUGUUUUCUAUCGAGAGUUUGAAAUCUGAGAGAGCCUAUUAUACAUU